GCAGAGUCCAGUCCAGAUACUUGCAUAGAGGCCAAGCCCCCACACAAAUUGCCGCUAAGUAAGAAGCCUUCCACCCAGUUGCCCCCCAAAAAGUCAGCUGUUGCUUUGAGAGGACGGUCUUCAGCUGUUCCCAUAGCUUCCGCUGCCAAGAAGCCCUCAGCCGGACUAAAUGCCAGCGAUUUCCUUAGUCCGCCUCGACUGACUCCGUCAUCACAGGAUCUACGUUCACCAACAUCCUCAGCAAGCUGCGCCGGCAGGAAUCCAUUUAAGUCUCGUUCCACCACCGUAAAGACCGACAGUUCGCUUAUCUCUGGCCUGGGAAGCAGUGCUUUAGACGUCUGGAAACCAUCGCAGGCUUCAUCUUUGGACGAAUUAUCAGCCAAGGCCUCACAUGUCAAACCAUCUGGAAUGAAAGCUGGCAAGAGGAUGGGGCUAUUCAAUUCUGGUAAUGCACGUGGAAAUACUCCUAUAUCUACAGCAGCUGGUCAAUCUAGGACAUCACUAAACGUAGUUGGUUGA